AUGUCUGCGAAGUCAACACAGGGACCAGGCGGCAAGCCGCCCGCUUCCGCCGCCACCAACUUGAUUGCUGGUGGAGGUGCCGGUAUGAUGGAAGCGCUCGCGUGCCAUCCUCUCGAUACCAUAAAAGUUCGAAUGCAGCUGUCCAGACGAGCCCGUGCACCAGGAGUUAAACGACGCGGGUUUCUCCAAACUGGAGCUGAGAUCGUGAAACGGGAAACUCCGUUGGGUCUUUACAAAGGCCUCGGCGCAGUUCUUACAGGCAUCGUACCGAAAAUGGCGAUACGAUUUACGAGCUACGAAUGGUACAAGCAACUAUUAGCGGACACUAAAGGCAAUGUUACUGGGCAGUCUACUUUCUUGGCCGGUCUCGCCGCUGGUGUUACCGAAGCCGUCGCCGUCGUCACUCCCAUGGAAGUGGUCAAGAUCCGACUACAAGCCCAACACCACUCAAUGGCGGAUCCCCUCGACAUCCCCAAGUACCGCAACGCUGCGCAUGCUCUCUAUACAGUUGUCCGCGAAGAAGGAGUGGGCGCUCUAUACCGUGGCGUAUCCUUGACAGCACUUCGGCAAGGGUCAAAUCAAGCAGUAAACUUCACCGCGUACUCGGAGUUCAGAGCAGCACUCCAGAAAUACCAUGGGCAAACAGACUUGCCCGGCUAUGAGACCAUGUUUAUUGGCCUGGUGUCUGGUGCUAUGGGCCCCUUGAGUAAUGCGCCGAUUGAUACAAUCAAGACGAGGCUGCAGAAAACGCCCGCGGAGCCGGGUCAGACUGCUAUUCAAAGGAUCCUCAAUAUCUCGAAGGACAUGUGGAAGCAGGAAGGAAGCCGAAGUUUCUACAAGGGUAUCACGCCUCGCAUCAUGCGUGUCGCCCCGGGCCAAGCCGUCACCUUCACUGUCUACGAAUACCUGAAAGGCGUGCUAGAAAAGGGCAGAGAAAUGCUGCCUGGUGGAAACUACGAGGAGUAA